AUGGCGCUGCGGGGCGUGCGGGUGGUGGAGCUGGCGGGCCUGGCGCCGGCGCCGCUGUGCGGGCAGGUGCUGGCCGACUUCGGGGCGCAGGUGGUGCGCGUGGAGCGGCCGGGGCGCGCGGCGCUGGCGGCGGGCGCGCAGGGCCGGGGGAAGCGCUCCCUGGCGCUCGACCUCAAGCGGCCCCGCGGCGCCCAGGCGCUCGCCCGCCUCUGCAGCCGCGCCGACGUCCUCCUCGAGCCCUUCCGACCAGGUGUCAUGGAAAAUCUUAAUCUUGGUCCAGAUAUCCUCCUUAAAGAUAAUCCCAAACUCAUAUAUGCUAGGCUAACAGGAUUUGGCAGUUCAGGAGCAUACAGCAAGAUGGCAGGUCAUGAUAUCAAUUAUUUGGCUGUGUCAGGUGUGUUAUCGAGACUUGGCAGAAAAGAUGAAAAUCCUUAUGCUCCUGUCAAUCUUCUGGCUGAUUUUGCUGGUGGUGGAGUCAUGUGUGCACUGGGCAUAAUUAUAGCACUGUACGAACGCACAAAAUCUGGUAAAGGGCAAGUUAUUGAUGCAAGUAUGGUAGAAGGUGUCGCAUACCUAAGUUCUUUCCUGUGGAAGUCACAAAACUUGGGUCUUUGGAACAGACCUCGUGGGGAAAACCUUCUGGAUAGUGGCGCCCAUUUUUAUGAAACAUACAAGACCUCAGAUGGGAAAUUCAUGGCUGUUGGUGCCCUUGAGCCACAGUUCUACGAGCAGCUUCUCAGUGGUCUGAGGCUAGAUUCUCAUAAACUACCCGAUCAGUAUGAUUUUUCUGGCUGGCCUGAAAUGAAGAAGAGGUUUGCUGAUCUGUUCUCAAAGAAAACCCAAGCAGAAUGGUGUGAAAUCUUUGACAACACGGACGCCUGCGUGACGCCAGUUUUGUCUUUUGACGAUGUCGCCUUGCACCCGCACAACAAGGAACGUGGGACUUUCCUUAAAAAUGAUCAGGAAGAGAUCAGUCCUAGACCUUCUCCGUUUCUUUCCAGGACCCCAGCUACCCCUUCUUCCAAAAGGGAUCCAUUUAUAGGAGAGCACUCUGAAGAGAUUCUCUUAGAGUAUGGUUUUUCUAAGGAAGAGAUCACACAGCUUAAAUCUCUUAAAGUAAUUGAAUCCAAUAAGCCAAAGUCUAACUUAUAA